AUGGAUUUAAAGAUAUUAGCGAUUUCUUUAAUAUAUUUAUUUCAUGUUUCCGCUAGUAAACAUGAAAAAUAUACAGGUUACACACUUUACAACGUCGAAAUCCUGUCGCAAGAAGAUAACGAAUAUAUAAAAGGAUUGGGUGACCUAUUAGAAUUGGAUGUUUGGCAAUUUGGUAGCCCCUUGGCAGCCCGUGAUGCAACAAUAAUGGUACCACCACACAACCACGACCUCUUCACUAAGGCGUUGAUUGAUCGAGGGUUAAAGUAUUCAGUCAAAGAAGCGGAUGUAGUGAGAGCCCUAUCCAGUUUUGAAAGCGAUUGUUCCCGUUGGAGUAAAGGACGCAACAAUGUGCAACAGCCUUUUACUUAUUACGCGCGGUUGGCUGAGAUUAAUGCCUAUAUGGAAAGACUGGCUCAACAAUAUCCAAAUAUCGUGACUUUGGUCAAUGCCGGUUUGAGUACUGAAGGACGACCGAUCAAUUACUUAAAGAUAUCAAACAGUAACUUCGAAGAUCCAACCAAGCCAAUUUAUUUCUUUGAUACGACAAUGCACGCGAGGGAGUGGGUGACGACACCGGUGGCUUUGUAUGCCGUGCACAAGCUCGUUGAAAACUUGGAGGAGGCAGAUAGAGAUCUACUUGAGAACAUAGACUGGAUAAUAUUACCAGUGCUAAAUCCAGAUGGUUACGAGUUUUCUCAUACUGAUGAUAGAAUGUGGAGAAAGAACAGAUCGUUGAACGCGACCCUAUCUGAAUGUUACGGUGUAGACCUCAAUAGGAACUUUGACAUAUUCUUCGGGGACAUGAACGCUUCCAAGGACCCAUGCAGCGGGGCGUAUCACGGUUCUGGUCCAUUUUCGGAAAUCGAGAGUCGACAUUUGAGAGACAUACUUCACACGUAUCUAGACCGCAUACAGACAUACGUGAAUAUUCAUAGUUUUGGAAAUUAUGUCCUCUAUGGAUUUGAUAACGCGACUCUGCCGGUAAAUGUGGCGCAAAUUCAUCAUGUUGGCGCUUUGAUGGGGGCUCAUAUUGAUAGUCUUAAGCUACCUGUGGCUUAUCAUUAUGCAGUUGGGAAUAGCAAGUUUGUGUUGUAUCCCGCAUCGGGCACGUCGCAGGACUAUGCUCAGAACUUAGGCGUACCAUUCUCUCUCACUUUGGAACUGCCUGACUUCCGAUAUGGAUUCCUGGUACCGCCGGAGUAUAUCCCGCAAAUAAAUAGAGAGACGUGGGCUGGUAUAGCAGCGUCAGCUCGAGCUUCAGUCCUGUUCUAUAGAAAUCGGAUAUAA